UUGGAGAGGGACACACAAGUGACGCCGUCGCGGGUUGGUCGCAUCUGGUCAGUAGACGCAGAACAGAGACCCCUGAUUCCGCCACCCCUGGUGAACCCCACAGAGUCCUGUCCUAACAAUCCGCCUGCACAAGAUCCCCGAGGCGCUGCGGACAGCACCAGCAUGUCGAACGAGCCCGGCGCGCCCGGGGCCUCGCCCAGGGUCCCGCGUCCGGGGACGCAGAAGGCGUCCGGGUCAGUGACUAAAAAGGGAGAGCGCGCGGCCAAGGAGAAGCCGGUGUCCGCGCUGCCGCCUGUAGGCGAGGAGGAGCCGAAAAACCCCGAGGAGUACCAGUGCACCGGGGUCCUGGAGAACGACUUCGCCGAGCUCUGCACGCGCUCGGGCUACACGGACUUCCCCAAGGUUGUCACCAGGCCCCGCCCCCACCCGACCUUCGUACCGUCCGCCUCCAUGUCCGAAAAACCCGCCAUAGACGACCAGCGGUUGUCGGGGUCCUGCAGCCUCAACAGCCUGGAGAGCAAAUACGUGUUCUUCCGGCCCACCAUCCAGGUGGAGCUGGAGCCGGAGGACAACAAGUCAGUGAAGGAAAUCUACAUCCGCGGUUGGAAGGUCGAGGAUCGGAUCCUGGGCAUCUUCUCUAAAUGUCUGCCCUCCCUUAGCCAGCUACAGGCCAUCAACUUGUGGAAAGUGGGGCUGACCGAUAGCACCCUGACCACCUUCAUCACCCUCCUGCCUCUCUGCUCACCCACACUCAGGAAGGUGUCUCUGGAGGGGAACCCACUGGAGCAGCAGUCCUACCACAAGCUCAUGGCGUUAGACAGCACGAUAGCACACUUGUCCCUGCGGAACAACAACAUCGACGACUAUGGUGCGCAGCUCAUGGGCCAGGCGCUGUCCACACUGCACAGCUGCAACCGGACCCUCGUCUCUCUCAAUCUGGGCUUCAACCACAUCGGGGACCGGGGCGCGGGCUACAUCGCCGAUGGCCUGCGACUGAACCGCUCCCUGCUCUGGCUGUCCCUGGCCCACAACCGUAUCCAGGACAAGGGUGCCCUGAAGCUGGCCGAGGUCCUGGGCCCCUUCGAGCUGACACACACCGAGGUGGUGGAGCGCCGGCGGCUCCUGCUGGAGAAGGGGACGCAGGGUCGACUGCGGUCGCCGUCCUCCUCUAGGCAUGCGGACUCAAAACUUGACCGUGAGAGGAGCCAGAUGAUGGGGUUCAGCAGUAUCACACUUGACAAGGUGGACAAGUUGCAGACAAUAAAAGCUCCUAAGGGCCUGGCCAAGAAAAAGGACAAACCAGGGGAUGUGGUCAAGAAAGAGGAGAAGUCAGGGUCUGGGCAGUCUCCUACACAGGCAACCCCUAAAAAAGAAGAUGCCGCAAAGAUAAGCAAAGGGAAGGUGACUAUCACUGAGCAGAAGCCAACCAAGGGAAAAGGGACCAAGAGCGGGAGCAAAGAGAAGCGCAGCAUUCUCCUGGAGUCUGAGCUGGUUGCUGAGGCUACCGAGGUGGUCAACCCUCUCCUGGAGCCUGUGGAGCACCGAGAUGGGAAGGUUUUCAUGCCAGGAAACAAGGUCCUUUUGCACCUCAACCUCAUCCGGAAUCGCAUCACUGAGGUGGGGCUGGAGGGCUUCCUGGCUGCAGUACAGUAUCAGGCGCAGUUCUCCAAGGCUAAGAGUGUGUCCAAGGGCCCCGUGGGGCUGUUGUGGCUGUCUCUGGCGAAAAACUGCUUCUCCCCGCAAUGUCCCACGUACGCCACCAUCCAGGAGCUGAUGCUGCCAAGGGACCCCAUCAAGGCCAAGCUCAGGGAGGAGGAGGCCACACCUUUCCCCACGUAGACCCCUGCCACCUGCUUCCCUGAGACUCUGGGCCACAGAAGAACUUCCUGUCCCUGUGGGAGGUCA